AUGGCUCCUCACGCAGAUACCAACAACAGUUCAACACAACAGUCGAACACGACUGGGUUCACCAACCCACCGUGCUCUAUGCUACAUGUUGAGGGUGCUGAGAUCGUCGACGCCUCAGGUUCAAAAGUUAUCCUGAAGGGAGCAGGCCUUGGUGGCCAUCUGAACUUCGAGAACUUCAUUACUGGUUACCCUGGACAUGAACACGAACACAGAGCUGCCAUGGCCGAAGUCUUGGGCAAAGAGAAAGCCCAGUACUUCUUCGACCGUCUGAUCCACUACUUCUUCACUGACGCAGAUGCUGCGUACUUUCAGAGUCUUGGUCUCAACUGCAUCCGUAUACCCUUCAACUACCGUCACUUCAUCGACGAUGACAACCCAAGCGUGAUGAAAGAUGCAGGAUUCAAGUUGUUGGACAAUAUCGUAGACAUUUGUGGCCGCCACAAUCUAUACGUUAUCCUCGAUCUCCAUGCAGUUCCCGGCGGACAGAAUCAAGACUGGCACUGUGAUAGUGGGAUCGGAAAAGCACUUUUCUGGGAUUUCAAGGUCUUCCAGGACCAGAUGAUCGACCUCUGGGUACACAUCGCUAAACAUUACGUUGGCAAUCCUGUCAUCGCUGGCUACAACCCUCUCAACGAGCCGGCAGACCCUAAGCAUACUCGUCUCGUCGCCUGGUACGACAGAAUGGAGAAGGCCAUCAGAGAAGUUGAUCCCGAUCACAUUCUCUGGGUGGACGGCAACACGUAUGCCAUGGACUUCAGCGCUUUCACAAGGAUUAUGCCAAACACAGUCUACGCCUGCCACGACUACGCAAACCUUGGCUUCCCCAUCCCAGGUCAAGAUCCCUACUCUGGUACCGAGGAGCAAAACUCCAAGCUUCGCCGUCAAUUCAACCGCAAAGCAGAAUUCUCACGCGAGCACAAUGUUCCACUGUGGAACGGCGAGUUUGGACCGGUUUACGCUGACCCUAGCGCUGAUCCUAAUGCCGAGAAGACAAACGUUAGCAGGUUCGGCGUGCUCAAAGAGCAGUUGAGCAUCUACGCUGAAUCACAAAUCCACUGGACCAUCUGGCUGUACAAGGAUAUCGGCUACCAAGGCAUGGUCCAUGUAUCCCGCGAAUCUCCCUACAUGCAACUCAUCGCCUCUUUCGUCGCCAAGAAGCAAAAGCUCGGCCUGGACUUCUGGGGUGUAGUCGACAAGACUGGUGUUUCCUCAACCUACGACCCAUUCCUUCGCGACAUCAAGAAGAUGGUCCCUGAGCAUUUGCACGACAUCAAGUACCCUCAUCACUGGAACAUCGAGAGACAAUUUGAACGUAUUGUCAGGGAGUGUUUGUUGUCUGAUUACCUGAGCUUGGAAUUCGCGGAACUAUUCAAGGGGAAGAGUGAGCAGGAGCUUGAUGAACUUGCUGCGAGUUUCAAGUUUGAGAAUUGCGUUACUAGAGAUCAGUUGACCCAGAUCUUGCAGGCGGAUGCGGAGAAAUCUAGAGUACAGCAGUAG